ACCUGACCUGACCCAGUAAUUAUUCUUAUAAAUUCACAAAAUUGUGGAGAAAAAAUUCAUUACUUUAUACUCACCUUCGAAGUUGUUCGGAUCAUUUCUUGAGUUAAGAAAUGUUCUGAAGACUGGCUCGAUUUUUUCGAGUCAAGAUCAGCCAGUAGUUCUCGACUUACAGCAUAUUUGUGCUAAUGGAGUCUUCUAAAGAGACAGGCUGUCAAACUCCUGAAGGCCCCAUUCUUUGCAUCAACAACUGUGGCUUCUUUGGUAGUGCAGCCACCAUGAAUAUGUGUUCCAAGUGCCACAAGGACAUGGUCUUGAAGCAACAACAGGCCAAACUUGCCGCUUCAUCGAUUGAGAAUGUAGUCAAUGGUGGCUCAAUGAGCAACGAGAAAGAGUCUACUAACAGUGGUGCAGUGGAUAUGCAAGUUGGAGCAGCUGAGUUACAACUUCUUCCUGCACAAACAUCUUGCAAUUUGUUGUCAGGCGAGAGUUCAGAGGUGAAGGGAAAAGAGGGCCCGAGCAGAUGCACCGCUUGCCGUAAGCGUGUGGGUUUAACAGGUUUCAGUUGCAGAUGUGGAAAUCUCUUCUGUUCAGUUCAUCGUUACUCCGACAAACACAACUGCCCAUUUGAUUACCGGACUGCUGCUCAAGAUGCUAUAGCCAAAGCAAAUCCUGUUGUCAAAUCAGAGAAGCUCGAUAAAAUCUAGAAUUCACUGUCACAAAUUCUAUUUUCUGAAGCAAAAUGCUUUCACUUUCUAUAUCUGUAUGUCUUCGUAUAGGCUGGACACUCCUGCUGUGACGUUAAUGGCCUAAGACGAGGAGGUGGCAUCCUUACAUUCUAUAAAACUUUCAAGUGUUGUCGUUUGGCUGAGGUUGCUUUGGUUUGCUUCGGUGUUAUUGUGCUGGCUUGAAGGAUAUUGAUGUGAAAAUUAUUAACUUUCCCUUCCGGUUUAUUGUGCAUUUUCAUUCUCAUUUUUUUACACGUUCAACUCAUAUCACCAUGAUCUAAGUUAAGGUGUGCCUAUUCAACA